UUUUACCUAUAGAAAAAAAUAAUGCUGUUAGACGAAUUGAAAGAGCACAAGAAAGUGCUAAAAGAAGACAUGAUAAUGAUUUACCUACUAUAGAAGAAUUAAAGAGAGGAGACUUUGUAUUGGUAUACAAAGUUUCUCAACAGUAUUCAAAGAGUCACAAACUUCAUCCGAAGUGA